AGGUUGAACUUGUUGAAGCAAAAAUCUUUUCUUAAAUUAUUUUCAAUCUAAAGAUCUUGAAAGCAAAGAUGAUUUCGAAGAAGAUAACUUGGUUAAUUAUCUGUUCUUUUCUGUUGCUUCUUCUUCCAAUCGCGUUUUCUAGGCCGACAAGAAACUUGGAUGGAACAAGUCCAAGAGCUCCAACAGUGCAACAAAUAAGAAACAGACAUGGAACUAGAGAGGUGAUAGUGGACAAUGGUAUUAUUAGUGUCAGUUUCUCAAGUCCUCAAGGACUUAUAACUGGCAUCAAAUACAAAGGAGUCAAUAAUGUUCUCAGUCCACAUCAACGAGCUCGAGGGUACUGGGACAUAACAUGGCAAGGAGAAAAGACUCGUGGUGGCAUAGAUCGAAUUGAAGGAACUAAAUUUAGAAUCAUAACUCAAAACCAUGAACAAGUGGAGAUUUCAUUCUCUAGAACUUGGGAGAGUGGUUCUGGUUCACAUAAUAUUCCAUUAAACGUAGACAAGAGGUAUAUUAUACGAACAAAUUCUUCAGGACUCUACGCAUACGGAAUCUUCGAGAGACUUCCCGAAUGGCCAGAAGUUGAGAUGGGUCAAGUUCGAAUAGUAUUCAAACUCGACCAAGAUAAGUUUCAUUACAUGGCGGUCACGGAUGAUAUACAAAGAGAGAUGCCAACAGACAAUGACCGCGAUAUUCAUCGUGGUCAUGCCAAGGCUCUUGGUUAUAAAGAGGCUGUACAAUUGAUUCAUCCUCAUAACUCCAUGUUCAAAGACCAAGUUGAUGAUAAAUACCAAUACUCAUGUGAGAUCAAAGACAACAAGGUGCAUGGUUGGAUCUCAACUAAAUCCCACGUUGGCUUUUGGAUUAUCUCACCGAGUGGCGAAUAUCGCUUUGGUGGACCGAUGAAACAAGAGCUCACAUCUCAUGUCGGCCCAACAGCCAUUGCGAGCUUUAUCAGCGGGCAUUAUGUUGGUACGGACAUGGACACACGUUACAAAAGUGGUGAAGCGUGGAAGAAAGUCUUAGGACCUGUUUUUAUUUACUUAAACUCCGGCCAUGAUUUAUUAUGGGAAGAUGCUAAACGACAGUCUAAAGAAGAAGUUAAAGCCUGGCCGUACGAUUUUGUAGCAUCCUCUGACUUUCCUUCUCGUCGAGAAAGAGGAACCGUUACCGGUCGUCUUCUAGUCAACGACGGAUUCUUGACGCCGGGAAGAUUUGCUUAUGUCGGUUUAGCACCACCGGGAGAAGCUGGUUCGUGGCAGACAAAUACUAAGGGCUAUCAGUUUUGGACCAAGACAAACGAAACCGGUUAUUUUAAGAUAGAUAACGUUAGACCGGGAACUUACAAUCUCUAUGGAUGGGUUCCCGGUUUUAUCGGAGACUUUAGAUACCAAAACCGUGUUAACGUAGCUUCAGGUUCAGAGAUUAGAGUCGGUAGAGUUGUCUACAAGCCUCCUAGAAACGGUCCAACGCUAUGGGAGAUUGGUGUACCGGAUAGAACCGCACGAGAAUACUUUGUACCGGAGCCAUACAAGAAUACAAUGAAUCCUUUAUAUCUAAACCACACGGACAAGUUUAGGCAAUACGGAUUAUGGCAACGAUACACAGACUUAUAUCCAAACCAUGACCUUAUCUACACAAUUGGAGUUAGUAAGUAUAGCCAAGACUGGUUCUACGCUCAAGUCACAAGAAACAACGGUGAUUCGACGUACACACCAACUACAUGGCAGAUUGUGUUUCAUCUUCCAUACGUGAACUUGCGAGGUAACUACACAUUGCAGAUAACUUUAGCCUCGGCUGCACGGGCUAAUCUACAAGUACGGUUCAAUAACGAAUACACGAGGCCAUUAUUCUCAACGGGCUAUAUUGGAAGAGAUAAUGCUAUAGCAAGACAUGGAAUCCAUGGACUCUACCGGCUUUAUAGCAUCAAUGUACCUGGAAGAUUGCUACGAACAGGGUCCAACACGAUUUAUCUUCGACAAUCUAAAGCAUCAGGACCAUUUGAAGGACUUAUUUUAAUCUCUCUAGCGUCUUGGUUUAUGAGCUCAAAGGAGAAACCCACUCUCGGAGGUACGCGGAUUAAGACCCGCAAAAGGAAUAUUGCUGCUCCCCUCGACCCUGCUGCUUCUUCUGAUGCUGUAGUUCAGAUUUAUCUGGAUAAUGCUGGUGAUCUGGAACUUGUUGCCAAAAGUUUAGAAUCAUCUGAUCUUAAUUUCUCAAGAUACGGUGAUAUUUUCUUUGAGGUUGUUUUCAUUGGAGGACGUACACAAACUGGUUCAGUGAAAUCUGAUGAAGGGGAACGCCACCCUUACUCUAUAAUCGACUGUGAACCAACGCGUGAAGCUAUUUUACCAUCAGUUGUAUACAUACAGAAAAUUUUGAGGAGGAAAGCCUUCCUUAUAAAGAACCUUGAAAAUGUUACGCGGAGAUUCUUGCAGUCACUGGAGCUUUUUGAGGAGAAUGAGAGGAAGAAGCUUGCAAUAUUCACAGCGCUCGCAUUUUCCCAGAAGCUCUCAGGAUUACCUGCAGAGACUGUCUUCCAGCCAUUGCUUAAGGAUAAUCUUGUUGCCAAAGGGAUAGUUCUCAAUUUUGUAACAGACUUCUUCAAUGAAUAUUUGGUUGAGAACAGUCUUGAUGACUUGAUUUCUAUUCUGAGGCGUGGCAAGAUGGAAGACAAACUCUUGGAGUUCCUGCCACCCACAAAGCGGACUACUGAAAGUUUUGCCGAGCAUUUCACCAAGGCAGGAUUGACAGCUCUGGUAGAGUACAAUGAAAGGAAAAUAUUUGAGGUGAAGCUGAAGGAAAUCAAAGCGGUCCUUACGAGCCAAGUGACAGAGGAAAUAAACGUAGAUGAAGUGAUUGAAACGGUGAAGCAACAAGUGAAAGAUGCAAAGCUGCCAGAGAUUGAGGUUGUGCAUGUGAUCUGGGAUGGGAUAAUGAAUGCUGUGCAAUGGUCUGGGAAAAACCAGCAGCAGAAUUCAAAUGCUGUAUUACGCCAAGUGAAAACAUGGGCGCCGCUUCUGAACACGUUGUGCUGCAGCGGGAACAUGGAGAUGGAACUGAUGUACAAAGUACAGAUGCAAUGCUAUGAGGAUGCAAAGCUGAUGAAAGUGUUUCCAGAGGUAGUGAGGUCUCUGUAUGAACUUGAUGUGCUCGCUGAAGACACCAUUCUCCACUGGUAUCGCAAAGGGACCAACCCAAAGGGCAGGCAAGCGUUUGUGAAGGGAUUGGAACCGUUUGUGAAUUGGCUGGAAGAGGCCGAAGAAGAGGAGUGAGUGAGAGACACUCUGCUUUUUUUUUUUUUUCACUCUCUUUUAAUAAAACAAACAAAAUCUUUUACUUUUCUUAACGCAAAAUUCAGAUGCUUUUAAGGUUUUGAUUCCUACAUUGUUGGUGUGAUUCUUAUUAAACAGAUUAUUAAGAAUUGUUUGUUGGUUUUGGUUUAUAGAGAGCUUAUGUCUUUAACCUCUUUGUGAGGUAAUAAUAAUACAGGAAUGUCAUCUUG